CCCAAAGCAAAGACAUUGCAGUAACAAUCACAGUGUGUUUUACAAAUAAUUCCUUAGGGCUAAUGAUUAAUCUGAGGUGAAACAUUAAUGCCCUGCAAUGCAUCCUAUAUAUGAAGAGGAGAGCUGACACACAGCAUUAAGGAGCCUUUCUGACACACAGAGCCAUAGACCUCCCAUCAUUUAGCUAUCUCUCAUCACACAUAGGAAUAGCAGAUUACACACAUUGCCUUAGCUAAUAUCAUUUAUUAUGGCUAAAGAAAUCAGCUCACACACAUGGCUGCUAUCAGCCUGUCUGUUUCUUAUAGCUGCAGAGAAUGCGGCAACAGAACCACUGCAUUGUGCCCAGUGUACAGAGGAGAAGCUAGCCCUUUGCCCACAAGUGCCUGCUGACUGUCCCGAGCUGGCAAGAGAACCAGGCUGUGGGUGCUGUUUGACUUGUGCAUUGAAGCGGGGAGAAGCUUGUGGGGUCUACACUGCAAGGUGUGGAAAAGCACUAACUUGCCAUGUAAAACCAGGAGAGCACAGACCCCUGUAUGCACUGACAAGAGGACAAGGAAUCUGCAUGGAUGCAGAGGACCUGGAAAAGCUGAGAGCUACUGACACUACAGAAGUGAAGGACUACACUGAGCAUGAUAAUGCUGCCCCAGAUAACUUUGACCUUUCACAAGACCAGCUUCCACCAUUCCUAAGAUUAUUUCCUGAUGGUUUUGACAAGUUUGAUGCCUGGAAUGCUAUCACUGUGUAUGAGCGCAUUAAGGCUAAAAAACAGUUUGACAGAAAAAAACUUAAAGAGCAAUACCAGGGACCAUGCCAGAAAGACCUUUACAGAGCAUUGGACAGAUUGACAAGGUUUCAGCAAAGAACUGGAGAAGACCUAUAUAGGUUCCACAUUCCCAACUGUAACAGAAAUGGCUUCUAUCACAGUAAACAGUGUGAAACCUCACUUGAUGGCGAGCGGGGAAAAUGUUGGUGUGUUUUUCCAUUAACUGGAAAGAAAAUUCCAGGUUCUCCUGAAAACAGAGGGGAGCUAAACUGCCAGCAGUACCUGAAUGCACAAGAAUAGUGUCAAAAGACUGAAUGUAUGUGAAGUCUAUAUUAUUUGUGUACAGUUUCUCAACUAUUUAUUCUAAACAUAUUUUCAUUUUUUCUCCCUUAUGUAUUUUCAUAACUAUUUAUAAGUACUAUUUUAAAGUCUAAAUAUAUUUACACUAUUUUUAGAAAAAUGUAAAUCAAAACACUUAUUUAACUCAUAAAUUAUAUUUUACUACUGUGUUUAUUGUUGGUCACCUUUGAAAUCAGUAUAGUAUUUAAUGACUUAAAUACAAUGUUAAGCAAAAAAUUUUUGUGCGCACACACUUAGUUUUGUAUUUUCGUCACUGCCCUCUUGAGUAAUUAUGGAGGGGAGUAUAUCAUUGUUUAAUAUGCUAUCUGUUUUAUGUCACUUUUAUUUAUACUCCAUAUAAUAUUUAGCAACUAAGUAUGCUAGUUGCUUCAAAACUACUAUGCUAUGCACUCUGAGUGAGUAGGGUUAGUAACUAAAAGUGUACCUGUCGCUUUAAAAAACUUUUUUUCACUUAUGGGCAGGGAAGGAGUGCACACUAUUCUCCCCCACUCCCCUAUCCCUGCCUACUUACGUAACUGCCCUAGGCGACAGGUCCAUAAACACGGUAACGGUCCCUUUCUAAAUAAGUGAGGGACAGUCAAAAGGUCAAAACAAUAAACUACAAAACUGACAAAAGGUCAUGAAAGGCUGGAGGCACACAAAUACAAAAAAACAAACCUAAACACACACAAAAAUACGUAGUCAGAGAGGAGAGCCAAACGCUCAAAAUACCAGAUAUCACAGAUACAGUAUAAAGCUAGCUAGGAGACAAACAGAACUCUUUAGCAAGCCCAACUACUGCAUCUGUUUAGUUGUUAGUCAUGGACCCCAUGACAGCUCUGGUUGGUCAGAUGCAGAACCUUGCUGAGUUGGUCCAGGAUAUAGCUGAGAAGGUACAUCAGAAAGAGAAAUAUCAAUCUCAGUCUAGAGUCAACCAGGACUUCAUUGACAGGUUGGAACACCAGGAGCAGCUGAUUCAAAGGUUGCUGGCCAGAAUCCUAGAGCUUGAGUCAUCAUGCACUACUGAUCCUACUUCUCCACCUUCAACUCUUUUAGAGCCACAAGUUAGUCUCCCGGAUCGAUUUUCUGGUAACCGGAAAGAAUUCAAAACUUUCUGUGAGAGCUGCAAAUUAUACUUUAGGUUAAGACCUUAACGUCUGGUUCUGAGGCCCAAAGAGUAGGUAUUGUUACAUCUCUUCUGCAAGGGGAUCCCCAGGAAUAGGUAUAUUCCCUUGAUCACAAUGCUUCAGAGUUGUCCUCAGUGGACACUUUAUUUGUGGGAUUGAACCAGACCGUGCUAUGUACGCUUAAUCUCAGUUGCGUACAUUAAAGCAAGGGCGCAGACCUGUUGAGGAGUAUUGUGCAGACUUCAGAAAGUGGUGUGUGGCUUCCAGAUGGAAUACCCCAGUUUUGAUUUGCCAAUUUAGACUGGGGUUAUCUGAUGCCCUGAAGGAUAUGUUAGUGACCUACCCCUCUCCUGAUACCUUAGACCAAGCUAUGACUUUAGCAGCUCAUUUAGAUAGACGCUUACGUGAACGCAGAUGGGAAUCUUGUUCUUCGUCUCCUUUUUUGCCUGUCUCCUGUUCUGUCCCUAAACACCAGUCGAUGCCUGAGGAGGAACCUAUACAGAUAGGGUCCAUCCGCACUCCAGAAGAGCUCAGAAGAUUUUGCCAAUGCUACGGCUUGCUAAAAAUGUCACGUAUAGGCUAGGAAGGAGUGCACACUAUUCUCUCGCACUCCCCCAUCCCUGCUUACUUACGUACCUGCCCUAGGCGACAGGUCCAUAACCACAGGGACAGUCCCUUCAUAAAUAAAUGAGGGACAAUCAAAACAAUAAACUAGAAAACUGACAAAAGGUUGUGAAAGGCUGGAGGCACACAACUAACACAAAACAAACCUAAACACGCGGACACAAAAAUACGUAGUCAGAGAGCAGAGUCUAAACCAGGAGAGCACGAAGUACAAAAAUGCUAAUACCAGAGAAAAAAGUCAGAGAGCUGAUCCAAAAAUCAAAAUGCCAGAUAUUAAAGAUACAGUAUAAAGCUAGCUAGGAGACAAACAGAACGACUGGGAGUAGACUGCCAGCUUAAAUAGAUCCAGACCAGGUGUUCAAUCUAGUUCAGCUGACCAGUCUCAGCAGACAGGCAUAACCAAAGCAACAAGACAAAACAAAAGCUUUCAGUGCAAGUUAACCCUUCGGUUCCUUACACUUUUAACAUGUAAUAUAGACAAGUCAAAAGAUUUGUUGUGAGUCUGAGUGCUCAUUGCUAUAAUGAGCAGGUAAAGAAGUGUGCAACAAACCAAGAAAAUCCCAUAGACUUACAUUGUAGUUUGUCUUGCUUAGGGCACUCUUCUCCCUACUCAUUAUAGUGCUUAGUCAGGGUCUGAACACACUGACUCCAACCGUUUUAUUCUUAACACUAUAACUACCAGAAGACACAGCUUGACCUCAAAUCUCACACAUUUAUACUAUUAUUGGUAUAAUUUACUUCAUAAUAACAUUAUGCCUUCUUAGGACUGUACCCCAGAUUAGGGGACUCUCAGCACCAUAUGUUGCUUUUUGGAGUACCCUUGGUAUGGAGGUAUUCGUCCCCAGAAAUAACUUUUAACACAGGGUCCAAAGGAAUAUAUUAUCUUCUAUAUGAUUUUAUGAACUCAACAAAUCUUUAUAGAAAAACAGACAGGUACAGUAGAGCUUUAAUAGGUCUCGAUCAUACACAAACAUGUAUCCUGUUACUCUUUAACUGCUUACCUUCUGUGAAUUAAUCCUACAUCCAUCUUUAUCAGCUCAUAAUUAUCUCUCUAAAGCUGUCUAUACAAAUGCAAUAGUGGCUUUUUAAUAGCCAGUUUUGCCUGUGAGAAUUUACCUCUAAUAUAUGGCUAUAAAGCUGGCCCAAGCAAUAAGGUUUUUACAGUAUUAGCAAAUGUCACAACUUUCAACAUGGUUUGUCAAGAAUCUUAUUUCUAUGGAGUCAGUCAAAUAUUUCUGCUGCUUGAUGUCACCAGAAACAAAGAUUCUGACAUAUAUGACUUUAAUCUGUUAGAUACUUUGUGUCCAAUGGGAAAAUAAUUACACUAGAGGUGUCUAUUAGCAACUAACUCCCCCCAUCCAUUAAAAUAUUAUGAACAGUGACUGUUUAUGGGGAAGUAAAUGGGGAUGUUUUUUGGGUAAUAGUUAUCUACCAAAUAAAUGCAUUUUUCUAUACUGUAACCACUGACUAUUACUGAUUAUUCGGUUGCUCCUCCUGUGUUCUUUAUGGCUACUCAUUUUUUAAGAUAAUUUACUUCUAAUCAUGUGUGAAUUUAAUAAUGCAGAGUUAUGGAAACAGAAGACUACACUAUUUAUGCAUGACAUUCCAAAUAUGCAAUUGUAAAAUGUAAGCUAUCUUUAUAAGUGAUUCUAUUGCAAUAACUGAUUUAGCCAUAUCAUUUACAUAUCUAUUCUCUGUUUAACAUAAUAACUACACAUCCUUUACUCCUUUCCUAAAUAUAAACACUCCCAGACACAAAGCAUUCUGUAAAUGAGACCGAUUGAAAUGUAUUAUUAUUGCAUCCCUAGACGUGUAUGGGGCAUUAUUGUAACUUCAUAUGUCUCCAAGUUCAUACAGUGGCAUGCUCUGUCAUAUCCAUGAGGCCUACUUAAAGGGACUGCUUCACUUUUACAUUUGUAAAGUUUAUAAGUAAUAACAGCUUACUAAUAUAUCUUUAAUACAAGGUAUGCUCCAUUUUGACAACUUAUCACAUGAACCUCCAUUGCUGUCAUUUUCAGAACAGAAAUGGCAAGUUGAGUGGCUAAAGAAAGUGUCAAAAUGGCUAUGAGCAUCUUAGAGAUAUUAGUAAGUUGCUUAUAUUUAUGUUUUUAACACAUUUGUGAAAAAAAAUACUUCUCAAUUAAGGCAGAAGGAAAUGGAGGUGUGCUUAGUAAGCAAAAUAGUUUGCGUAAUCUUUUUUACAUUUUUAUUAUUUUACUACAAUACCUCUUCACCAUAUCAAGUUUACAGAUCUGUAUAUAGCAAAGGGCUGACACAAUUUUACAAUACAUUACAUCACUUAAAAUAGUUUCUUAUUUAAAUUUGUGCUUUCAUUCUUUUUACUUGUUAUAAUAUUCUACAUUGGAGUCUUAUAAAAUGUAUGAAACUGAUAAAUUAUAUUAGUCUUGCAAAAAAAACUGAAUACCUUCAACAUAAGGUAUUUCAUGCAAUGGCAGUCUAACAAAGUCUUCUAGGGUUCCACCAAAACAUAGUUUUUUGUUUUACCCAACAAUAUUAAGUUUAGUUAAAAUAUAUAUAUUUUUAUGUCUACAUGUUAUCUUCCACAUUAAUUAUUUGUGUAUUCUUUACAAAAUAUACAUUCUGGGGGCAGGUUUGAUACUUUCCAUAUUCUAUAGGUGUCAUGCAUAAAUAAAAACCAUUACCAACAUUUAUGAACUCAUUAAUUGUCUGGCUUUACGGUCAGGUAAUUUAAGUUGCUGCUACUUUAACAUAUGUAUCCAUUAUAUUUUUAUUUAUCCAUUAUGUAUUAUACACUUUGCUGCUAAUCAUUUCAGUUACCUCUUAUUAAUGAAUUAUUGCAUUUGUAUUGAUUGUUGUAUAUUCCUCUGUAAAAAUGUUUAAAGGGCAAUAAAUGUGUAUUUAAAAAAAUGUAAACUGCUAAAACACAA